AUGCCCGUCCCUUCAGGCUGCUGGCUCCUUUUCCUUUGCCUCGCUGCUGCUGGCAAACAGUUGUCACUGGAAAUCACUCCACCAUGUGAAAGCGAACACCACUAUGAAUACUCUGGACGGUGCUGCAAAAAGUGUGAACCAGGAAAGUAUAUGUCUGCUAGGUGCACUAGCACUUCUGAUACUGUAUGUCAACCAUGUGGCCCAAAUGAGUAUAUGGAUGUCUGGAAUGAAGAGGAUAAAUGCUUAUUACAUAAAAUAUGUGAUCAAGGGAAGGCUUUGAAAGAAGUGACCCCAGGGAACAGCACGUCCCAGCGGCGGUGUGCUUGUACGAUGGGCUACCACUGGAGCGAAGACUGCGACUGCUGCCAGAGAAACACCAUAUGUGCUCCAGGAUUUGGAGUCAAGCACCCGGUGCAACAGGACAAGGACACGAUGUGUAUACCAUGUCCCAGAGGCUCCUUCUCAAAGGUCGCUUCGUCCACCAAUGAGUGUAAAUCCUGGACCAACUGCACAGCUCUAGGAAUGAAAGAAGUCCUGUCCGGGACUGACAAAUCAGACGCAGUUUGCGUGGAACGGAAGAUGCCUGAGCCAUCAGAAGAUGGAACAAACAGGAUCUUAUACGUGUUGAUCCCCAUCUUGGUUUUUGUGGCACUAAUUGGCGUUGUCGUCUUCAUCAUAUACUACAAGAAUAAAGGAAAAAAGCUGACAGCAGAUCUACAGAAUUGGGCUAAUGAAGUGUGCAGUCAAAUAAAAGGAACUAAGGAGCCCCCCCGAGAUGCAUUUGUUACCGUGAACAUCACGAAUGCUGCUGUCCCCCAGGCCCCUGAAGGCAUGCAUCUCCUGGGCCCCGCUGGCUCUCCUGCCCCUGGAAACUCGUGCUGCACCAGUGGCCAUGCUCCUUGCAGCAAUGGGAGCCCCAGGAGGGUGGGACGGAGCCACCAAAAGUUCUCUGAGGUAACUGAGACUGAUGAUGGCCGUUUUCCACCAGUUCCUACAGAAGAUGAAUACAUGGAUAAGGAUCUUGAUACAGCUGACUAUUUAUCUUUGCUAAGUCAGACUGCCAGCAAAACCAUGUCAUCGUUUUCAGAACCGAUGGAGGCAGGGGAGAAUGACAGCUUAAAUCAGUACUUUUCAGGGAUUGGGAGCACAGAGGAUGUGUCAGUCUCUCAAGGCUGUCACCCUUCCUCUAGUGUGGAUGGGAAACACACUGCGAUGGACAAACUUCUUCAGAAAUCUUGCCAACAUGCCCACAGUUGCCUGAAAGAAUCAGGCAACAAAGACAUAGAUGGUUUUGCAACAAACUGUGACUCAGAGAAGAUCUGUGUGAGGUGUGGCAUUUCAUAUAGGGAAUCUCCCAGAAAGUGGAGCAAACCCUGUUGUGCUGUGACUGACAGUGCCUCUACCCACCCGGAAACUGGAUCCUAUGCACAGUGCACCUGUGGCUUGAAUUCUCUUUCUGCUGGUCAGAGCACUCUAGCAAGUGAUCACAGUAUGGAGGAUGCAUCUUCAGACAGUACCAACAUGAAAUACCAGAACACAAACAGAAGCGCUUCAGGGACAAACAGCACCACUUCAGACCUCCCUCCAGCAUCUGGAAAUGUGACUGGAAACAGUAACUCCACCUUUAUCUCAAGUGGACAAGUAAUGAAUUUUAAGGGCGACAUCAUUGUCGUUUACCUUAGCCAAAACUCCCAGGAGGGGGCAAUGGCCUCAGGGCCAAGUGAAGAAAACGUGGGCAGCCCUGUGCAGGAGGAAAACCUCAGCCGAUGCGAGACUUUUGCUGGCAAUGCCCAGCACUACAAGGAGAAAUGUGCAGAGCUGCAAGGCACCUCCCUGGUGGCAGGGACUGAGGGGCUGCGGCGGCCUGCUGGGCUCCUGGCCCAGGAGUGGGGCCCAUCCUGCUGCAGCCAGGCUUCCCAGCCCGUGCAGGAGGAGGGGAAGUUGGGACACUACUCAGAGAAAGUGUUGAACUGA